UUUUGGUAUGGAACAUUUGUAAUGGCGGUCAAGGUGGCAACUAGCAUGAUUGAAAUAUAAGGAUAUAGCCAUCUGUCCGUCUCGUAUUGUGGUUAAAACUACCAAGAGAACGCGAAUUAAUGUCAAAAUGAAUCAGAAUGCCUCUCAGGAAAAUGAUAAAGAUGCAAAGGAAGUGAGAACUGUCGAGAUUGAACAGGGGCAGACACCAUCAUUACAGCCGUCUGUGGAGAAAUCCCAAGUAUUGCCGACUUCUCAGUCCAAUUUUGGACCCGAUAUGUCGGGUAGUGAUGAUGACGAAGCUUCCGAGGUGGACUCCUUCCUCCUUGAUGAAGGAGACAAUGACAUGGAUGAUAGUGAGAAUGUAUUAGAGCCAAGUUCCAAGUUCCUCCUUCACACUGAGAGUGGCGACGCCCAGGGCCUACAGACAGUAGACCCAGAAACUCAUGCUAGAUUAGAAGCUUUGCUUGAAGCUGCAGGAAUUAGUAAAUUGUCGUCCAAAGAUGGAAAAGCCUUGACGGAUCCUGAGGUGCUGCGGACAUUGACGUCAUCCGUGAGCAGUGCCCUGGAUGAGGCUGCCCAAGCUCUACACAGAAUGCGAGCAGAGCAACAGAAUCAACUUGCCCCAAAUGAAUGUGCAAGAUCCCUUGCCGAGGCUUGCGGUGAGGGAGAUGUAAAUGUACGCAAGUUGUACGAUGGAGGCAAUGUGCCUGAACCGGAAGAAGGAGAAAGUUUGCUAUCCUUAGCAUGCUCUGCAGGAUAUUAUGAACUAGCACAGGUCUUGUUGGCUAUGAAAGCCAAUGUGGAAGACCGUGGAAUCAAAGGUGACUGUACUCCUCUGAUGGAGGCGGCUAGUGGUGGUCAUGUAGACAUUGUCCGCCUCCUGAUCUCCCAUGGAGCUGAUGUGGAUGCACAAUCCUCUGCAGGCAACACUCCUCUCCACUACGCAGCCUGUGGUGGGUACAAGGAGGUUGUACAAGAACUGAUCAAAGCUAAUGCACGAGUGGAGGUGCACAAUGAGAAUGGACACACACCCCUAAUGGAAGCAGCCAGCGCUGGCCAUGUGGAGGUAGCUCGCAUCCUGCUUGACAAUGGGGCUGGCAUCAAUACGCACUCUAACGAGUUCAAGGAGAGUGCACUCACUCUAGCAUGCUACAAAGGUCACCUAGAGAUGGUGAAAUUCCUUCUGGAGGCGGGAGCUGACCAGGAACACAAGACGGAUGAGAUGCACACAGCGCUGAUGGAGGCAUCCAUGGAUGGCCAUGUGGAGGUGGCCAGACUGCUGCUUGACAGUGGAGCACAGGUCAACAUGCCUGCUGACAGCUUUGAGUCCCCACUUACUCUAGCUGCAUGUGGAGGUCAUGUGGAGCUGGCAGCUCUGCUGAUUGAGCGUGGAGCUAACAUUGAGGAAGUCAAUGAUGAGGGCUACACCCCUUUGAUGGAGGCUGCACGAGAGGGACAUGAUGAGAUGGUGGCACUCCUACUCUCUCAUGAUGCUGAUAUUAAUGCACAAACUGAAGAAACACAAGAGACAGCCUUGACCUUGGCAUGCUGCGGUGGCUUCCUGGAGGUAGCGGACUUCCUGAUCAAGGCUGGUGCCGACAUUGAGCUGGGGUGCAGCACCCCUCUCAUGGAGGCAGCUCAGGAAGGACACCUGGAGCUUGUCAAGUAUCUGCUGGACCAUAACGCCAAUGUCCAUGCUCAGACUGGCACAGGGGACACCGCCCUUACAUAUGCCUGUGAGAAUGGUCACACUGAUGUUGCAGAGUUGCUUCUUGAAAGAGGAGCAGAGUUGGAACAUGAGUCUGAAGGGGGAAGAACUCCUCUCAUGAAGGCUGCAAGAGCUGGUCACCUCUGUACUGUCAACUUCAUCAUUAUCAAAGGAGCUGAUGUUAACCGUGCAACAACUACCAAUGACCACACUGUGUUGUCUCUGGCCUGUGCUGGGGGCCACUUGGCUGUUGUCGAGUUGCUCCUUGCUCAUGGAGCUGACCCAGGACAUAGACUGAAGGAUGGAUCCACAAUGAUCAUCGAGGCUGCUAAGGGAGGCCACACUCAGGUGGUGAAGCUGCUACUGGAGUGGCCCAACAGGGUCCUCAUGGCCAACUCACCUGACCUGCCGCAGAUCAAUGCUGCAGACUCCAACCACGAGGAGCAGCAUAGAGUCCCUGUCCAAGGUCUUGCUAACAUUGUCCCACCUAAUGAGCCAGACUCGCAACCCUCACCUGUAAACUUUACACCAAAUAUCCAAGGAAAAAAUCCUGAUGUGAUACGGCAGAACAUGCAAAAAUCUAUUGCCAAGAGAUGUUUGAACGGCCAAGUGGCCGAGGCCAAAGUGGGAAAGUCAAGCAAUGCUGUGAUAGCAGAGAGUCUGCAACAGUUGAACCAUGAUGGAGCAAUGCUAGCCGAUCUUGCCGAGGAUAAGGCAUCAGAGAAGGUGGAGGCUAUCAUUAACAACAUCAUGGCCAAAGAAUUAAUCAAUACCACUCCAGCCACCAAAGAGGAGCAGAUAUUGAGGAAGCAGCAGAUCCUGGAGGAGCUGCAGAAAGUGGAGCGAGAGCUGCAGGAGAAGGCCCAGGCUCAGCUCCUACUCAGUGCUCAGCAGCAGUUCGAGCAGCAACAACAACAGGUGCUUGUUCAGACUGCAGCAAAAAUCAAGAAUGCAGCUCAGGCCAAGCAAGGAGAGAGGAAGGAUGAUGGAUCUAGUCAGUCCCAGGCUCUUCCUGAGGGACUCGGCUUAAGUGGAGUCUCCUCCGACAUUCAGUUUGCUAAUGACAUUGCUGCACAACUGCCAAAGCUUCUCACAAGUGCUGAUCUCUCUGUCGCCACCCAGUCUCUUCUUCCUAACUACCCUGAAGCCUUUUUACAGCCGGGGCCACAACCUCCCAACAAUGGAGCAUCCAACAGUAUAACCGAGCAGAGACAUCAAGUGGGUAAACCAUCGUCCCAGUCCAAAAGAAGUGGUAACACCAAAGGGUCAAGGACCAGUAAAAUCCCACCAAGCACUCAGUCGUCAGCAUUAAGUUCAUCAACAGAGCAUAAUGGAGGUGAGGAGCAUGGUCUCCAUAGUUGUAGUGAUGCCACAGGGUCACAGUCUCAGGAGCAGUUCCAGCUGUCAGCCCCAGCACAAAUUGCAAUGGAUGCUGUACAGAGACAACAGCUGCAGGUUCUUGCCCAGCAGCAGCAACAGCAUCAGCAGCAGCUGCCACCACAUAUGAUCCAACAGCUGCCUCAACAGCAAGACCAGCUUCUCCAGCAGAUGCUGCAGCAACAGAAUAUACAACAACAGUAUGUCCAACCGCUGCCGCAACAUGCCUUGCAACAGCUCCUACCACAGUCCAGUCUCCAGCAGCAGCAGCUGUUUACCCAACAGCAACAACAGCAGUUCCUCCAGCAACAACAGCAGGCACAACAACUUCUUCAUCAGCAACUACAACAACAGCUGAAACAACAACCUGCAAACAGUAACAGCAAGCAGCAACAUGUCCGGAAACAACAACGGGUUGCUCCGAACCCAGGAGAAGAGUCAACUCAGGGGAACAUGCCAAUACUGGGCUCACCACCACCAUCCACACCGAUGACGCCCAACCCCUCUCCUGCCUCCCCACAAAGUCUAACCCCUCUGUACCCCUCAGUGGAAGUGGAUGUGGAUGCUGUCACAGAAAGUAACCAUGACACUGCUCUCACUCUGGCUUGUGCUGGUGGGCAUGCGGAACUCGUCAGUUUGUUGCUGUCCAAGGGAUCAGACAUCGAACAUAGGGACAAGAAAGGGUUCACCCCUCUGAUCCUGGCUGCCACUGCUGGUCAUGUGGAUGUGGUGGAGAUUCUGCUGGACCAUGGUGCUGACAUCGAGGCUCAGUCAGAGAGAACAAAGGACACUCCCCUCUCCCUCGCCUGCUCAGGGGGCAGAUACGAGGUUGUGGAGUUGCUCUUAGCCCGAGGAGCCAACAAGGAGCACCGUAACGUGUCUGACUAUACUCCACUCAGCCUGGCUGCAUCUGGAGGCUACGUUAACAUCAUCAAGCUCCUCCUGUCUCACGGGGCAGAAAUAAACUCAAGAACUGGGAGCAAACUGGGCAUUUCUCCAUUAAUGUUGGCAGCCAUGAAUGGGCACACAGCUGCAGUCAAGUUGUUACUGGAUAUGGGCAGCGACAUCAACGCUCAGAUUGAGACAAAUCGAAACACAGCAUUGACACUGGCAUGCUUUCAGGGAAGACACGAGGUUGUCAGCUUGCUUGUCGACAGAAAAGCUAACAUUGAGCACAGGGCUAAGACUGGUCUAACACCACUGAUGGAAGCUGCAUCUGGUGGCUAUGUGGAGGUUGGGAGGGUGCUGCUGGAGAGAGGAGCUGAUGUCAACGCCCCACCCGUACCCUCCUCUAGAGACACCGCCCUUACCAUUGCAGCUGAUAAGGGACACUACCGGUUUGUGGAACUGCUUCUGCACAGGGGGGCGGCUGUUGAUGUCAAGAACAAGAAGGGAAACUCACCUCUGUGGUUGGCUUGCAAUGGAGGUCACUUGGAUGUGGUACAGUUGUUGGUGACAUCAGCAGCUGAUAUUGACAGUCAGGACAAUCGCAAGGUAUCUUGCUUAAUGGCUGCAUUUCGAAAAGGCCACAUCAAAGUAGUCAAGUGGAUGGUGAAGCAUGUCAGUCAGUUUCCCUCCGACCAGGAGCUACAGCGCUACAUUGCUACAGUCACCGAUAAGGAGCUGCAGAAGAAGUGUCAACAGUGUAUGGAGAUCAUUGUAAAUGCGAAGGACCGUCAGGCAGCAGAGGCCAACAAAAACGCAACCAUCUUACUGGAGGAGAUUGACAAGGAGAGGCAGGUGGAAGAGAACAAAAAAGCUCAGGCAGCCAAGAAACGAGAACGCAGAAGGAAGAAAAGGAAAGAGAAAAUGGAAAAGGACAAGGAAAAGGACUCAAGCAGUAAGAACUCCUCCCCAGAACCCGAGAGUGUGGAGACUGAGGAGAUUCCCUUGGAGAAGGAAGAAGAAGAGGAGGAGGAAGAGAUACCCUUAGAACCACCAUCAGCAACAACAACCUCCACUAUCGGAACAACACUGACAUCAAACACAGAACCCAAGAACAGUCGCAAAAAUGGAACCCUGGUCCCAAGCUCCAGCACAAUGGAGUCCCGCAAGAACAAGCGCAACAAGAGUCGUCAAGAGCGUGAGAGAGAAACUCCCCCUGAGUCAGCUGAACCACGAGUUCCUAUUGUCACCCCCACCAUUGCAUGUCUGGUUACCAGCAUUAUGACUACCACUGUUACGACCACUACAAGCCGAGUGAACAUAACAUUGGGAAGGCAGGCACAUGCUGGGCACCACCGAGAGAGAGAUCGAGAUAGAGAGGGACGGAGGAAGAAGAAUAACAACAACAACAACCAGGACCUGGUGAUUAAGUCAGCAGGUUCAUUGCAAUUUCACUCGCCAGGGAUAGGGGAUCUGGAUGAUUUCGGGUCUGUGCCAAAGAUAUCUGAAAAGGAGAUUGAAAAACUUACUAAGACUAAGAACAAUGUACAACAGCCAUCUCCUCUGACGAGCAAGGAAAAUCUUGGUCACCACCAUGAGAAGCCCUCAGCAGCAGACAUGUCCCCCAACACCCUGUCCUUGAAAUCUACACCUGUCAUUGCAAGUCCCAAGCGGGGGCAGAAGAAGGAGGAGGGCUGGAAGGAGGUCAUGAGAAAAUCCAAGAAGGUGUCGGUUCCUUCCAAUGCCAUCAGCCGUGUGAUAGGCCGAGGUGGCUGCAACAUCAAUGCCAUCCGGGAGGUGUCCGGAGCCCAUGUGGAGGUGGAGAAGCCUAAAGGCUCUGGGGAAAGAGUUAUAACAAUCAAGGGGUCUGCAGAGGCAACUCGACAAGCUAAUGCUCUGAUAAUGGCCUUGGUGCAGGAUCCAGACAAAGAACUAACAGAAAUUCUGGCAAAAAAUAAGCCUAAAGCUCCAUCAACAGUCACUAUUGCUGACUUUGCCAUUGGAACAUUUAAUGCUGCAAAUUUGUCAAACUCUGCUAGUUCCACCUCAUCUGGUUCAGGUAGUUUGUCGACCAAGUCCCCUGCCAACAGUACCAAGUCCUCCAGCACUCGUCAGUCUUCAUCUGGUCAGGGCAACAACAGCUCAUCUGGGAAGUCAUCUAUGUCACAAUCUAUGGUGUGGCAGGGCUCUGGAACUACCCAGCCUGUCCCUUCAUCCCCAAGACGCAGCCCUCAAAAACAGAUUUCCUCCAGUCACUCUGGGUCUCCUGCACCAAACCAUCACAGCGUGGAGAAAACUGCUUCUCGUCAGCUGUUCCCGUCGGACAGGAGAAGUUCAACAUCUCCAGUGGUCACUUUCACCAAUUCCUCCACAGUCUCCUAUAGCUCCUCCUCCACAGCAGUUAAAGUUGUUCCGUCAAGUGCUAAUUCCACACGUGGAAGGCCCGACAACAGAGAUCAGGUCACCACCAAAUCUGCUCCGCGAAACCUGUUACUGGUCCUGUUAAACUUCUCACUCGUCAGGCUCAACCAAAACCAGACCCCCAGCCUCUGCCGAUUGUAGCAAGCCAUGGGACUGGAAAUAAUGUAUCUAACGUUGGGCAGCAGGCUACACCUUCCCCAGGGUCCUCCACCCCUGGAGAAUAUUUGCCUUUCAACAAUUUAUUCAGUAAUUAUGGUGCCCAGAUCCUGGGCAAGAAGGAUG